AUGUUGUGGGAACUUCAGUCGGGUUUACUGACUGCGGUUUUACCUAACAUUACGGACAUAGUAGUGUUAUGUGAACUUCAGUCGGGCUUACUGAUUGCGGUUUUACCUAGCAUUAUGGACACAGUAGUGUUAUGUGAACUUCAGUCGGGCUUACUGAUUGCGGUUUUACUUAACAUUACGGACAUAGUAGUGUUAUGUGAACUUCAGUCGGAUUUACUGACUGCGGUUUUACCUAGCAUUACGGACACAGUAGUGUUUUGGGAGCUACAGUCGGGCUUACUGACUGCGUUGGGCUUACUGAUUGCGGUUUUACAUAACAUUACGGACAUAGUAGUGUUUUGGGAGCUACAGGCUUACUGA